GACCUGCAACUCAGCCGCACGACUUGCACGACACUUGCAUCUACAGCAUUUCAGACACACCAUUCCCCACACUUCAAUAUCCAAACUACUGUAUACCAGCAUCAUCUACCCAAACAGACAUCUUGAGAGCAAGAAGAGAUGCCCAAGGCCGAUAUGUACACCAUCAUUCGCCCACGCUCGACUCGAUCACGCCCACGAUCGGUCCUCGUUUUCCUCCUCUUCGUUCUCUGCGUACCGAUCUUCCUCUACCAGCUCGUACCUACUUUCACGCAGUCUACGGACGCUCUCAUCGAAAAGGUCAUCGCUCAUUUCCGUGAGCAGCCCUGUACAACAGACAUGGGAGAUGCACACUGCUGCGCUCUCUAUAUGAAGGCAACUCCAUGCGUGGAAGAAUGCAGGAAGCAACAUGUCGACCGGGAAACCUUUACUCUGACACUCGAGUAUGACGAGUGCGCCAACACUUGCUUACGCAGCUGGGAGAGCUGCAAUGGAGCUCAAAGAGUUCACACCACAUAAGCCGUGCCUCGCAAAGAAUAACAGAGACUUCAGUCGGCGGC